CGUCAGGUUCGUGUUUCAAUAGUGGUCGUAGAAUUUGCUGGUUUUGUGGAGCUGACACUUCCUUUCUUUCUCAUCAAACCCCACUUUUUCCGCCGAGGCUCUACCGUUAUGCUCCCAACAUUUACUUCUCUUUCUUUCUGUUUUUUUUUCCUGGGUCAAAAACUCGUUCGUUAGAUCAUUCUUGAUUGUUCUCAGGUUUGUAUAAAGCUGUGGGUUAGGUGAUUUUUGGAUACAUGGAUUUAAGCGAGCUCGAGGAGAAUUUGUUCGCUGCUAGCGAUGCCAAGUUACAUAGAGAUAUGUGCAAGGAACUAUCAGCAGUUUAUUGCAAGGUAUUAUCCAUCUUCCCUUCCUUGGAAGAAGCACGGCCUCGGAGUAAGUCAGGUAUUCAAACCUUGUGCUCCUUACAUAUUGCUCUCGAGAAAGCAAAGAACAUUCUUCAACACUGCUCUGACUCUAGCAAACUUUACUUGGCUAUCACUGGGGAUGCUGUUCUGUUAAAAUUUGAGAAAACAAAGUCUGCUCUUAUCGAUAGUCUUAGACGCGUGGAGGACAUUGUCCCUAGCUCUAUUGGCUCUCAGAUUUUGGACAUUGUUGGUGAACUAGAGCACACCAAGUUCUUGCUUGAUCCAUCAGAGAAAGAAGUUGGUGACCGUAUAAUCGCACUACUCCAACAAGGCAAGAAAUUUGACAACUGCACCGACACCGCCGAGCUCGAAACAUUCCACCAAGCAGCUACCAGACUCGGCAUAACUUCCUCAAGAUCAGCUCUGGCUGAGCGGCGUGCUCUAAAGAAACUCAUCGACAAGGCACGUGCGGAAGAAGACAAGCGUAAAGAGUCCAUCGUGGCUUACCUCUUGCACCUCAUGAGAAAAUACUCCAAGCUGUUUAGAAUCGAAGCUGUGGAUGAGAACGACUCUCAGUGUUCACCGCCGUGUUCUCCCACCGGUGGUCAAGGCAGCUCUAACGAAGUAGACCGUGGUCAGGCGUUUGGGCGUCAGCUUUCUAAGUUUGGUUCUGUUAGGAAACCAGGAGGAGGAGGACAGAUGAUGCCAACUCCACCAGAAGAGCUCAGGUGUCCCAUAUCUUUGCAGCUCAUGUGUGAUCCUGUCAUUAUUGCUUCUGGACAGACUUAUGAACGUGUCUGUAUCGAGAAAUGGUUGAGCGAUGGACAUAACUCUUGCCCCAAGACUCAGCAGCAGCUCCCGCAUCUUUCCCUGACUCCUAAUUACUGUGUGAAAGGUCUGAUUGCUAGCUGGUGUGAGCAGAAUGGGAUCACAGUCCCUACUGAACCACCACAAUACUGGAGACUAGCCCUGUCUGAAUCUGAAUCCACCAAUUCAAAGUCGGUUGAUAGUGUAGGAUCUUGCACACCGAAGGGUGUCAAAACUGUUCCUCUGGAGGAGAGUAGUAGUACUGUUGUUUCGGAACAACAACAACACAAAGAAGAAGUCACUGCGCCUGAGGAGACUUCUGCUAUCAAUGUUCUAGAGAAGUAUCAGGAUAUGUUGGCUACCUUGGAGAAAGAGGAGGAGUUGGGUAAAAGGUGCAAAUUAGUAGAAGACGUCAGGGUGUUGCUAAAGGAUGAUGAAGAGGCCAGGAUCCUCAUGGGAGCCAAUGGGUUUGUUGAAGCUUUCUUGCGGUUUUUGGAAUCAGCUGUUGAUGAAAACAAUGCAGCCGCACAGGAAACUGGAGCUAUGGCUCUGUUUAACUUAGCAGUCAACAAUAAUAGGAACAAAGAGCUGAUGCUGACUUCAGGAGUCAUCCCGCUUCUAGAGAAAAUGAUCUCUUCAGGUUCUCACUCCCAAGGGCCAGCAACUGCUUUAUAUCUAAACCUCUCUUGCCUAGAGAAAGCCAAGCCCGUGAUUGGCUCAAGUCAAGCAGUUCCAUUUUUCGUGAAGCUUCUUGUUCAGGAGGAAAACACUGAGACUCAAUGCAAACUGGACGCACUUCACGCCCUCUACAACCUUUCCACCCACUCUCCAAAUAUCCCCACUCUCCUCUCAUGCAACAUAAUCAAAAGCCUUCAACUCCUAGCAUCAACAGGUGACCACUUGUGGAUAGAGAAGUCAUUAGCGGUAUUACUAAAUAUAGCCUCUAGCCAGGAAGGGAAAGAAGAGAUGAUAUCAUCACAAGGCAUGAUCGGCACUCUCGCAACGGUGCUGGACACUGGUGACACGGUGGAACAAGAGCAAGCCGUUUCUUGCCUUGUGAUCCUGUGCACGGGAAGCGAGCCGUGUAUCCAGAUGGUGCUGCAAGAGGGAGUGAUUCCGUCUCUGGUUUCCAUCUCGGUGAACGGGAGUGUCAGAGGAAGAGACAAGUCUCAGAAGCUUCUGAUGCUGUUCAGGGAACAGAGGCAACGAGAACAGGCGUCGCCGAACAAAGAUGAAGCUCCCAGGAAAAGCGUGUCUGCACCGUUACCAAUGUCUGUACCGGCUCAAGGUUCAGCUCCACUAGGGUCAGAUGGGAAACCUUUGUCUAAGUCGACCUCUUCGAGGAAGACAAUGACAAAAGCGUUGAGCUUCUUCUGGAAGAAAAGCUACUCGAUCCACCGUUGAGAAGAGAAAAAGAUACAUUUGGAGUGUGUCACUCACAUUUACAUACUCCAAUGUGAAGCUGCUUUUUUUUUUUUGCUUUGAUCCUUAACUUCUUACACAAGUCAUCUGCAUAGGGAAGAAAGAUAUGUACAUGCCAUUUUUGCUCACUUUUACUCUCCCACCAGAGGUAAUCGUGUAGAUAGCUUACUGAUGUAUCAGUUUUUUUUUU